AUGGGUCAGCUCUCGUCUUUCGUGAGAUCUUCUGGCGCAGACACAUCACUUGGGACUCCACGUCUUACUCUUACUUUGGAAGGAAAACCAUUUCUCGAUCUCGACUCUGAUACGUCAUACUCCCUCGUCAUCAAGAUCACGCGGGAUGAAGAUGAUUCCCAGACACAACCAUGCAUCAUUCACUGGGACCCUAUUGAGGAUGCAUUUGGCCAGCCGGGUAUAAUGCUAGUCCGUUCUAAUUACGACUUCACGGAGGACCGGGGACCUGUUCAAGUCGACUCUAACCAGUUACGGGAAAAAUCCCUCCACCCAAGGAAGGUAUCCCUGUCUGACCCGUGCUUCAAACAACUGUACCCAGGCUCCAGCGUCUUUUGGGAGCUGGACUUGCCGCCUGCCUACUUCGAUUCCUUCCAACCAGGAGGCGAUUACAGAAUCCGCUGGGUAGGCGGACGAAUCUCUUUGUGGGACUGGGGCACAUUAGCGCAGCACAACGGCCGCAUGCUCGGCCCCAAAUCCCCCGCAGUGGUCCUACCGGGCGGGCCAGAACAGCUACUGACCAUUAACGAUGUUGAAACCGAUAUAGAAGAAGAGAUACCACUGUUGCCGCCUUCGCCCGCGCCCGUUUUCGCAUCUGCCAGGAUGAGUGGCGCCCCGGUCUUCAGCCUCACCAUCGCAGGACCUGCUACGCUAUCGAUGAGAGAUCGCAAUUCACGGGGUGGACUACGCUAUCCGGUCACAAUGACACUCUCGUAUGACGCAGCUCCGGAUGGCUUAGACGGAAAGCCGGUCACAUUUCAUACGUACAUAUUCAAAAAUAUCGAUGAUCGACAGGGGGGUUUCAGGCUCUACUUUAGAAAACAAGGGGACGACGACUGGACCUCACAGGAACUUCCGGUCAUCUUUACGCACCACAUGUACAGAUUUUCCGAGUGCAUCCCGGUAAAUGUUGGCCGCAACGACAAGUAUGAAUUUGCGGCCUUGGUGCCUGGUGAGUCGUGGUCAUUCACACGGGAGGUGACUCAUUUCCCGAAGGAUGCAGCGCCUGGUGAUGAAUUCCGGUACAGGUUUAAGGGUACGCAGCUUGACUGGUGGGAUUGGGGACACUUUCGAGAUCAUGAAAAUACCGUGGUGGGGAUUGAAUACAAAGUCCGCGAUCCGAAAGAUAACGGGGGUCGGCCUGCGCUUGUGGUGCCGGCUAGUAAUUGGGUCGAGUUUACAGUGGCUGAAUGA